AUGUUUCAAUAGGAAGAUGUAUAUAAUUAUUGUAAAUUUAGAAUCGUGUAAAGGCUAAAAGGGAAAAUUAUGCUGUCGAAAUUAGAAACUAGAGCAGAUUAGCAAUAUUUCAUUAAAAAAGAAAUUAAUUUGCAUCCUAAGCAACAUUAUAUAAGUAUGUGCCUGAAAAUUUCUUGGAGUCGAUUCCAGAAGCUGAGAUUCAAGUAUUUGUCACAGAAAAGCUAUUGAAUCCUAAUAAUCAAUUGCCUUAUAUUUUGGAAGGCUUAAAAAUUUUAAAUGAAAAGAGGAAGUAAUUAAAAAUUUACAAACUACUCUAAUCUAAAUUAUUAGAAUUAAUCACUCCUUUUGUAGGAGUAUUAUCAACUAAAGAAGAGUACUUAUCGUACCUAGUGUAUUAUCAUUUAUUAAAUAUCAUUUAUUAUUUAGAUUAAUCAUAAUUGGUUUUAUUUUACAAUAUGACAGGGUUCAAGGAAUUGUAUUAUUAUAUCAAGGAUUCAACAUUCGAUUUUGUAAGAGCAGAAAAAUUAGAAGUUGCUGCUUUUGGAUUAUUUACUAUUGCAAAUAUUUUGAGUGAAAAGGCUUUGGUUCUCAAACAUCCAUUCAUCACUCAAUAAUAUCAAUAGUUUUUAAUGGACCUUACAAUCCUUUAAUAGAAUAUUAAGAUAAAUCCAACAGUGAAUUUCAUUCAUGGUUUAAUGUGGGUUUUGAGAAAUUUAAGCCAAUUAUCAAACAAUGUUUAUUUCUAAUUCUUUGAUAUCUUAUAAAUGAACAUCACUUUCAUAGAAAAGUUUCAAAACAAUAAUAAUGAUAUUUCAUUUCAAAUAAGCCAAGACUUCUUACAAGGAUUAUCAACUAUAACCAGAAACAUGACAGAAGAUGAGAUAAGUGAAUUAUUUGCUACACAUAUCUAAUUGCUGAUAUUUUUGAUAUCAAACCCUUGGGAUCCAAAAGUACAUCUGGAAUAGGCUGAAGUUAUUCGAAAUCUUUUGUAUGGUUAGGAUGAUGUAAUUGAACAGCUCCUCUCACUUGGUUUAAGUGAAGUGAUUAUGAAAUUAAUGUCCAGCAAUAAUCAAGAAGUAAUUGAGGAGACCAUUGGAUGCAUUAGGAAUAUCUUUGGUGCGGAAGAUGAAGAAUUAAUAACAUCAUUUUUAAAUUAGCAGUAGUUACCACUCAUCAAAGAUUUAUUGUAUCGAUGCACAGGUGCUAAUAAAUUAGAGGUAAGAAAUGAGGCAUUCGGAGCCAUUUAAGUGUUGCUGACAAACUUUUAAGAAUCAGCCGAAGUUGUAAUCAAAUUUGGAGGGAUUGAAAUCUUGGUGAAUUCAUUAACAGAUACAGUUGGUCAAACAGAAAUCAUCAACAAUAUAUUAAGUUCCUUACACCAAUUACUUUCAUUUGAUUCUUCAAUCAAUUUGGAUUAAGUCAAGUAAUUGAUCUUAAAUUGUUCAGGAGAACAGAUCAUAAGUUAAUAUCUUGAUAGUAAAGAUGAAUUAACGAGAACUUUGGCUUUUAAAUUAAUUGGAUUUAUCAAUUUAGAGUGA